AUGGAUUCUUAUCCAUCUGCUUCAAGCUCAAAGUUUGUUGAACUAUUAAAUAGUCAACAAACCGUUUCCUUUGGAAACUAUGAAGAUAGUGUUGAACUAUCUUCAUCACAACUUUCAUUUCAAGGUUCAUUUGGUACCGAAGCCUCUAACUUUGAUGGAGACACGGCUACAGAGCGAAGAGAGCGACAGAAAUGGACACCAAAGGAUAAUAUUUUGCUCAUCAGCUCGUGUUUAAACACGAGCAAAGACGCUGUGGUUGGGAACGAGCAAAGAUCAGGCGGUUUUUGGUCAAGAAUUGCUGCCUACGUUGAGGCAAGCAGAGAGAGCCAAGCCACUGGUGGUGGCUGCGAACAGAGAGAGCCACACCAUUGCAAACAGCGUUGGCACAGGAUCAAUGACCUUGUGUCCAAGUUCUGUGGAGCAUAUGAGGCUGCUACUAGGGAGAAAAGUAGUGGGAAAAACGACAAUGAUGUUCUCAAGCUAGCACAUCAAAUCUUCUACAACAAUCACGAGAAGAAAUUCACUCUUGAACACUGUUGGAAGGAGCUGCGCAAUGACCAGAAGUGGUGCGACCUUGCCACUGCUAAACGUUCCAGUUCGAAGAAGAGGAAGUGUGAGGACGGUGGAGAUUCAUCAGCUUCUCAAGCAACUGAGAACAAACAUCCCCCGGGUGUUAAGGCGACAAAGGCGAGUUCUAAGAAGAAGGUGGUAGAGGAGAAUUCUCUGAAUGGGUUUCAGAGUAUGUGGACAAUCAAACAACAUGAUUUGUUGAUUAAGGAACAGUUGUCUAAGAUGAGUUUGCUCGACAGUUUGCCUGGGAAGAAGGAACUUCUAGCUGAGUAUGAAGAGGCCCUCAAGGCUAAACUCAUCAAUGACUUGAUGUCUAGCUAG